AUGGUUUCUGUGCGUCAGACAGAAGCUCCCCAGAGCCAAUACCACACCUGUGUCGGGCGCGUCGCCACCGGUCAAGCCGCCAAUCUUCCACCCAGCAACCUCCGAAGCCCAGCCGCCGGACAUGGACCGCCGGCCAUGGCCAUGAAGAAGGGUACCUUCUGGCCGCAGGGCUCCCACAUCAAGGUCGGCUUCAUGGGCGACACCGCCACCAGCAAAGAUGCCACCGACUUCGUCAAGGCCAAGGUGCAGGAGAAGGCCAAGAUCUGGGAGACGUACGCCAACAUCGUGUUCGACUUCGUCGACAUGUCGGAAAAUCCCGCCAUCCGGGUGUCCUUCGGCCCCGACGGCGGGUCUUGGAGCUACAUAGGGACGGAGUGCAAGGGCAUCGACGCCUCCCAGCCGACCAUGAACUACGGGUGGUUCAACGACCAGACCGAGGACGACGAGUUUGAGCGGGUGGCCGUCCACGAGUUCGGGCACGCCCUCGGCUGCACGCACGAACUGCAGAGUCCGUCGGCCGAUGCCAUUGUCUGGAACCGGCAAGCCGUGUACGACUACUACCAGCGGACGAACGGAUGGUCUACACAGGAGGUGGACGCGCAGGUCCUGACCCCGGACAAUCCCAACGACGACAUCGACAGCAUGUUUGAUCCCACCUCCAUCAUGUGCUAUCCGAUUCCGGCGGGCCUGGCCAACAUUGUCGUUGGCUGGAACAAGCAUCUUUCUCCCAUGGACGAAGACUUCAUUGCAUCGGUCUACCCCAAGCAGACCAACGACGCCGGCAGUUUCUCGACCGACGACCUGGAGAAGAAGCUGCCGCCCAACAACGUGAACGCGCUGCAAGUGUCCUUCACCCGGCCGUACAAGACCGAGCCGAAGUUCGCGUACGGCCUCAGCGGCGUCGACAUGAGCGGCGCCUACAACCUGCGCCUCGCCGCGCGCAUCGACGAGGUCAACCGGGAGAGCUUCAAGGUCCACGCGGACACGUGGAACGACAGCCAACUCACCGCGGCCAGCGUGGCGUGGAUGGAAGUCAUCGACCCGACGAAGCACCAGGUCGGCGUCUUCGACACCAAGGAGUACGCGUCGCCGGAGACGCCCCUCUCGACGGUGACAGAGCACGUCCAGUUCCCCAAGGCGUUCAGCGCGACGCCCGUCGUGUUCCUCUUCCUCAAGGGCUUCGACCUGUCCAAGGACCACCCGUGGACCAUCGCCACCGCGGCCUCCAACAUCUCUCAAUCCGGCUUCGACGUCACGGUCAAGGCGCAGGGGAACACCCAGUGCUUCGGCGCCCAGGUGACGUGGAUCGCCUUCCCUGCAUACCUGCCCGCGAUCUGCGGCGGCGCCGUCGUGGCGGGUGCCGGGCAGGAGUCCGGGCAGGUCACGUUCCCCAAGGGCAAAUUCGCGGCGGGCGCGCCGCCGAGCCGCGUGAUGCUCACGCUGAACGGGUUCGACGUGGAGAAUGGCCAGGACAUGAAGAUCAAGACGUACGCGGACGGCAUCACCGAGGAGGGCUUCACGUGGCACGCCGAGAGCUGGGGGGGCAGCUCGUUCAGCGGGGCGUUGUCGUGGGUCGCCUCAUAGAAAGUGUGUAACAAACACUUGACACCUGCAAAGAGACCAAAUCUGGGCGGGCGAGAAGAGGCGAUCGUCGCUCGUGGAACUAACUAGCUCACUCCUUUUUCGCGGUCCCAAUAUUGUUUUUUUGUAGGGCGUGAGAGUAGCCUGGUACCUGGUACCUGAACAGAGAUGUGGCCCAAGGGCCCUGGCUGACAACACUGGAGAAGAAUAGUCCCGUCAUAGUUUAUUGACUUC